AUGUACAGGCGAGAAGCCGACAUGAUUACGCAGCAAUGUCAGCAGCUGGCUGCAUUGCUGAGAGAAAUCAGAGACCGCGCAAACGUCCAGGACAGUAAUCGCAUCACCGAUCUUUUAGACGAAAUUGGCGAAGACUUGACGGAGCCCAGGCUGACGCCAACGCCGUCAAACUCUGACGUCGACGCUCAGAGCUCACACGGAAAUGUUGAGUUGGGCAGCAUCGAUUAUCUCGAGCAUCUCGAAACUGAGGCUCUAGACUUGCUAGAUGAAGACUUGCAUAGUAAGGAUGAAGCUCGGUCAACAGGGUUUGUCGGAAAGAGUUCAGAGGUGCAAUGGUUGCGCGCAGUUGCACUCGCCCAAGCCGAGAGAACAGAGGGGAGCUGGGAUAGUUCGGGACCGGCACGACACCCUUCGUACGCCACCAGCAGCGAGCCGGUUAGUUCGUUCAGCUUCUGGACAGAUUGCGACGAUGUAAACAUAGACUUCUAUGUGGACCCGCACGAAAUACCGCAACCUCAUAUUGCCGAGCAUCUGUUGCAAUGCUACAUGUCCAAAGUGCACGAUUCUUUUCCUAUUAUUCCCAGUAGAGAGUUUACGGAGCAGGCUCGUGUAUACUUUGGGGCAUUGCAGAGCGGGAACGCGCCAAGUUUGAAUCCAAAGUGGCAAAUCAUCCUGAACCUCGUCUUUGCCAUUGGAGCCAACUAUGCACACCUGAAUGAAGGCUGGUUGGCAAAUGAGCACAUUACAUAUCAAGCACGGGCGCGUGCUUUUGGGUUGAGUGAGGCUGCAGUGGCUUCUCAUCCAGAUGUGCCACAGAUUCAAAGCUUGGGUCUUCUCGGAUUCUACUGGCUUAGUGUUGGACAGGUCAAUCGUGCUUGGACAAUCGUCGGCAUCGCUCUGCGUUCUGCAUAUUCCCUGGGCCUCCAUGUGCGAAACGAAGACCCGUCGGCCAAUGCGAAGAAACGAGAAUCUCUAGUGCAGAUUUGGUGGAGCCUAUACUCUAUUGAGAGAAUACUCAGCGUCAUAACCGGUCGUCCAAGCAUCGUGGUCGACUCAUACUGUUCUGUACCAUUGCCCAUGACGAAUUCUGAAGACGGCAGAGGAGAGGGAAUCACAGCAGCCUAUGCCAAUAUUGGGGAUGUAGCGAUGUCACACUUGACCCCGUUUCCCGUCUCAUCCAAUGUUGCCGCGAACCGUCCUGUGACACCACAGGGCUUUGCAAAACCAGGCACCGGUCCUGGUUUGUACUUCAGGGCCGGGGUACAGUUGUCGAUAAUAACCCAGAAUAUUCUCACCUCACUCUACUCGGCUGGUACGAUGAUCCGGUCUCCAAGUGAUGUUCAGCAGGACUCGACAUUUUUGCGUCAACGCUUAGACCAGUGGGUUUCUUCGUUACCUUUGGAGCUCCGACCGCAUGGAGAUGGGCGAGGGCCUAGCGAUGGGUUUUCUCGUGAGCGUGUGCUCCUCAAGUUUCAGUUUUGCAGCGCGCGUAUCUUGCUUACACGACCGUUUCUGGCUGCGCGACGGCAACCAUGGAAAGAUUCCCACGACGCAAGCUUUUCAAGGAACAUGGCGGAUGGGUGUAUUGAGGCCGCCAGGGCGAUUGUUGCGUCUUUGCCCGAUGAUGUCAGCAGUCGAAUUCAUGAAGAUUUGCCCUGGUGGUGUCUCGUGCACCACAUGAUGCAAGCAGUCUCCGUCUUCCUACUCGGUCUCUCGUAUCCCUCAUCGACGUCGUGCGAGGCUUCAGUAAUGAUUCAUCACGUGAGGAAGGCGAUAUCUUGGCUCCAGCGGAUGCAGGGACCCGUGGCCGCACGUGCUCAUCGAAUAGCCUUCAACUGCUUUGAGAGGGUGGCUCGGCAGUAUGGUGUGGACGUGUCGGAUCUUUGGGACCGCAAAGAGGCACCGGUAAUACGAGACUUUCACUCUGACCCUGUUCCAGACGUUCGUGUGCCUCGACCAUCAACGACCACAGCUGCGGCGGCAGCUUCGACGUAUGGGGGAUACAACACCACAACCGGCGCCAACCCUGCGACCCAUUCGGAAGGGUCCAGGUUCCAUCCAAGCUAUUUCACGUUACAAUGA